AUGGCCUCAAGUGUGCCGCCUGAUCCGGUACGCGAGUAUCAGCUUAUUGAGAAACUCGAAUUACGGAUCGGGGGCGCCAAAAACGAUGAGCAAUUUCAAGACAUCAUACAGAAAUUUCUACCCGCCCUCAUCCUGAAGCUGGCAUCAGAGACCGAGAGGAACCGCAAUUUGACCAUCAAGGUCUGUCAGUAUGUUAGCCAAAGACUAAAGAUCAGCCAUGGCAUCCAGCUGCCACUGCCUGGGCUUUUCAAAAACCUGCAAAGCUCGGACUCACCUUUCGUUCGCCAAUUCAGUCUGGUCUUCAUUCAACAGGGCGUAUCACGAGUCAAGACUGAGGAUGCGUUGCGACUACUGCCGGAAAUCCUCAAGUUUGCCAUUCCACAAGAUCUGAGUACAGCCAACGCAACUAGUCUAAAGCUCUGGUCCAUAGCUUUCGACUUUCUUCUGGAUGGCUUGCGAGGUUGGAAACCGCCUGAGCGUGGCAGCAAGGAGGACCUCGCACUCAAGGAGUCGUAUGAGUUGUCUUCGAUGCAGUCUGGACUCCUCGCCCAAACUUUGUCCGACUUCCUCAUAUACGAUCCGAAAAUUAGUCAGACUCUGCAAGCGUUGGACGAGAAUUUUCGAGCUGUGUUCGAAAAGCAAUAUCGCCAACGCAGCGCUGUCGUUCCUUCUCUGGCGAACUUUGUGUUCACGUCCAUAUUCAAUGACGAAGAACGCUUACUGCCCGCCACAAUCAUGACAGUCGAUGCGAAUCUCGCUGCUGCCAACACAGCUGAUACUAUGUUCAAGCAAUGCCAUUUCGAUCUCGAGUCGGAAGGAUCUACCAAGAUUCUUACAAUGCUGGCACGAAGUCAGAAGGCAACCGAGCAAGCCGAGAAAAUCUACAGUAUCAUCGAGCAGCAGUUAAAGUCUUCAGCGACAGGGCUAGAGGCGGCCAAGCUCCGAGCAGCUCUGUUCUCCUUCUUGACAUGGGCAGUGAGGAUGGGACCGAAUAUGGCAACUAUAGAGGUUAGAACACUGCAGCUUCUCAAGAAUUACAUCGAGGAACAAGGCUGGCCAACUCCCCAAGAUCAGUCUCAUAUGGAGGUCGAGCUUCGUGCGAGAGCUUAUGAGAGCAUCGGCUUGCUGGCUGGCUCUUUAGUGGCGUCCGGAGAUGCAAUCUCUGUAAUCACCUGGCUCUUCACAUCUUUGCGCUGCGACGAAUCACGCGACGUUCGAAGCAGCAUAGAAGAAGCCCUCGGUCGGAUCAUGAAUCUCAUCCGCUCUAAUGACGAGACCUUCCUAAAAUCACUUCGAGAUCUGCUGUUGUGGAACACGUCAGCACAGCUUGGCGACAGCGAUCCUGUGUACCAUUAUCCAAGUGUCAACAGCGCCAAGUACGUUGCAGUGCGGUUCGCAAACAAAUGCUUGCCAUUCCACGACGCCGUUGCCCGUCAAAUAGAUGUACGAGCCUUUGACUCGAGCGAGAGAAAAGAACUUGCGGACGAGGGUGCCCGAGGCCUCGAUCCACAUUGGCAUCGGUCCAAUCAGACUUUCAUUUCCGGCGAUGCCACCAAGAUGCAGUAUCCAGCUUUUCGCGAUCUGAUAAAUGUCUUUUACGGCACUGGGGCGAGCACGACUCCAGAUCUUGGCCGCACUGCGUCUCGACAGGCGGCGAUAUUCUGCCGCAACAUCCUGGUCCAUGAAGCAUUGCAGGAGACCGAGGCUGGCCUCGACGACGCGAAGGACUGGGACGCCCAGGUCGAUGCUGUCAUUUCAAACAAUGCUGUGGCUCGGAGCGCCAUUCGCGAAUAUCUUGACGAACUGCAGGCAGACAAUCUUGUACCGUUGUUGAACUCAGUCUUGCAGAAAGGCGCAAUGUCCGAUGUUAGGAUGGCGGAAACAGCUAUCCAGCUACUCAGCUUGACUAGUGAGGCUGCGUUGAAAGUCAUCGGGCCCAGUACGGUCGGUAUCCUGCAACAAGACUUGGUGAAUCUACAGACACAGUACUCUGCGGCUCGAGUCCUGGGAAUGCUCGAUCCCCCAGCGACUUCGGUUGAGCAUCUCAAAGCAGCACUCGAGAGCUGCGUAGGGUGGCAGAAGGCCGUCGGGCUCGAGGCAGUCAAAAUACGCGGACAAGUACUGCUGAUCACUUUUGUCAUUACUCGACGGGGUCUCCGGAGCGGUUCUACGCCAGAUUUGGAAGUUCUGGCUAUGCUCAACAAGCUUCUCCGAGAUAUCCUGUUGCAGGCGACGGAUUUGCCCAUGAAGAGUGCGGCGAUCGUUUGUCUAGGGCAGCUGGCGUUGUGUGUGCAGCCCACGGAAGAACUCAAACUGUCGCCGGACGAGGUCGAUGACGCAUUGAUCAAAGAGUGCAAAAAGCAGAAUGAGCAAGCCGCAACAGCGCUUGGCCGCCUCAUCAACUACAAGUCAGGUGUGGCAGGUACGGACGCGGUAUCGCCACUUCUCGAACGUGUCCUCGCCUUGCAUGAGGUCAAACAAGCCGAAUUCCAUUUCGCUCUCGGAGAGGCAUUGGCUGUUGCAGUGGCUGGCUUUCAGUCAAAUUCUACUAUGACGGAGCUAGAUGUGAGAGCAGAUGUGCCUUCUUGGGGCGCGAGGCCAGACCUUCAGGAGCAUCUGCUGGGUAAGGUACUCGAGCAUACCAGGACCACGAAACCCACGUUGAAGAAGGCCGCUGCAAUAUGGCUGCUAAGCAUUGUCCAGUUCUGUGGAGAUCUACCCAGCGUCACUUCCCGGUUGACUGAAUGUCAGGUUGCCUUUGCACGUCUCUUGAACGAUCGUGACGAGAUCACACAAGAAGCUGGGUCCAGAGGGCUCGGCAUCGUGUAUGAGAAGGGAGACAAAAGCUUGCGAGAUGAUCUAGUUCGAGAUCUUGUUCAGUCCUUUACUGGGACUGGCGCGAAAAUGUCUGGGACAGUCACCGCGGAUACGCAGCUCUUCGAGGCCGGCGCCUUACCCACAGAAGGUGGGCAAUCUGUCUCAACUUACAAAGACAUCGUCAGUCUUGCCACCGAGAUGGGUGACCCCAGCUUGGUCUAUCGAUUCAUGAACUUAGCAUCCAACAAUGCCAUCUGGUCGAGCAGAGCCGCCUUCGGCAAGUUUGGACUCAGCAAUGUCCUGGCAGAUUCUACCUAUCUUUCGGAGAACAAGAAGUUCUACCCCAAGCUCUUCCGCUACCGAUUCGAUCCCAAUCCAAAUGUCCAGAGGUCGAUGAACGAGAUCUGGCGGGCUCUGGUGAAAGACCCUUCGGCUGUGAUCAAUGAAAAUUUUGGCCUCAUUAUGGACGACUUACUGAAAAGUGUACUGGCUGGGAAAGAGUGGCGAGCUCGUGAGGCGAGCUGCGCCGCUAUAGCAGACCUGGUGUCUGGCAGAGACAUUGAGAAACUCGAAGGAUACCUGGACGAGAUCUGGAAGGUAGCCUUCAAGGUUCUGGACGAUGUGAAGGAGACUGUCAGAGUGGCCGCGAUGAAGCUCUGUCGGACCUUGACGAACAUGCUUGUUCGAAAUCUAGAGGUCGGCCAAGGCAACACGAAACGAGCCACCACACUUCUCAAUCACGCUAUGCCAUUCCUCCUCAAGCAGAUGGAAGGCGGCCAAGCACAGGAGGUUCAGCAAUACGCGACUGUCACUCUGCUGGAGGUCGUCAAGAAGAGUCCACCGAGAUCUUUGCAGUCUUUCGCGCCAACAAUACUGGAAACCCUUGUCAACUCCUUGAGCACUCUGGAACACGAGAGCAUCAACUACCUUCAUCUCAACGCCGAUAAAUAUGGCCUUACUGCAGAGAAGCUCGAUAAGAUGCGGGUUUCGAGCGUCAAUGCGUCUCCAGUCACUGAAGCGAUCGACCGGUGUCUGGAGAGCUUAACAAUGGCGGCGCCUGUUCCAGCGGCUGAUGAUGCGACCGACCAUAUGGAUGGUGUUGAGUCGACUGUGUCACCCAUGGACGAUGCUAUGCGCCGACUGGAGGCUUCCUUCAAGUCUGCCAUAGGUCUGCCUUCUCGUGUCGGACUUAGCAGAGUCAUCGUCACGCUUGUUGUGCGCCAUCCUACCGCUUUUCGACCCUAUGCAGACAAAUUUGCGCAAUUGCACCGCAAACAUGUGAUUGAUCGGAACGCAACGAUAAGUGUCGCUUUCAGUACAUCUCUCGGCUACCUCAUGCGACUUGCUUCGGAGAAAGAGGUCCGAGCUACAAGCAAACAUGCUCAAAAACUGUACUUUGAGUCGCAAGAAUUGUCACACCGAUCUGUCGCAGGAGAGAUCUUGCAAUCUAUCUCGAAGACCUCGAAUGAUAUCUUUAAUAAGUAUGUAUCGACCUUCUUGCCCUUUGCUUUCAUAGGCCGUAACGACACGGAUGAAGAGGUUCGAGAACGCUUUGAUCCACCAUGGAAGGAUAACAUUGGCGGCUCUAGAGCCGUGCAAUUGUACUUGCAGGAGAUAUCUGCAUUGAUCAUGACGCACAUCAAAUCACCUCUUUGGCCGAUCCGCCACGCUUGCUGCUUUGCAGUGGCAGAUCUGGUAGACUCACUUGCUCCUCAAAGCAAAUUGAACGAGGCUGAAGCAAAGUUGAUCUGGCCCAUGCUGGAAGAAGCGCUCAGCGGGAAGACUUGGGAGGGUAAAGAAAAGGUGGUUUCGGCGUUCCCGAAGUUCGUUGAUAUGUGGCCGGGCAGUAAGGCUGUUGACCAGAUGGCUAAGAUUGCUAUACGUGAAGCGAAGCGCCAGAACGAGACUUAUCGACCGCAUGCAGUUGUGGCACUCGGCGAAUUUGCUAAGAAUCGACGCGAUGCCAGCCUUGCGGUGCAAGUCAUACCGCUGCUGCAAGACAUGAUAGAAGAGUUGACAAAUGUGGACGCCAUGGACGUGGACGGCGAAAGCAAAACAGUCGAUAAGACACUCGAAGCAAUCGCCUCAUGCAUGUUCGGUACUCUCCAAACCCAAGACGCCGGAAAGGUUCUGGAUCAAGCCAUUUCGAUCUUGAACAAGCUCCACGCGCAGAAAAUCCCAGCGCUCGACACCGCUCUUUGCGAAAAUGCAGCCUCGUUUGUCCUGAAGUUCUCCUCGGACACUACCUCGCCGGCACCCACCGAGACCAGUCAAGGAUCAGGCCAGCUCGACGACCUUCCACCUUUCGCACAACUCACAACAGAUGAGGACAGGGAAAGGAAAGCGGAGAAGGCCACGCCUGGUACCUAUCAUGUACUUGUCAAUCCAGACAGCUUCAUGCACCUGCCAGAGUACAGCGACGACCCAGACAUCAAGAAAGAACAUCUGUCGCCGCUAAGGAGGGGCUCGUUGACAACCAGCCUAGCCAGCAGCCUUGGGCGCGAAAGUGAGAAGGGCUUUCACGAUCCAAACACUGUCAUCCUGCCACGUUUCGAAGACGUCGCCCGUCGCGUCACUUCUCGAGAUCCAUGCAGUCCGACACUGCCACGAUUCAAGGUCGAGGAUGAUGACACGGUCGUGGAGGACAGAUAUGUCGAACGUUUCAAGCAAUUUUGUUGGCGACAACUCGUGUUGGUGGAUGCUGAACAGAGUGGGAGGCCGAGCGUCGCGAUCUUCGAGGAUGAAAUGCACUUUUAUCCACCAAUGCAACAUGCGAUGAAGGCAGUGGCAGCAUUCAGCUACGGCACCGACAAUGACCGCGUUGAUGCUCUCCAGGAAUAUCAACGGGCAGUCACGCUCAUGAAGGAUGCUGUCAAAAGCACCGAGGACCUAAUUUCUGAUGCUUCAUUUCUUACACAUUUUCUUCUUUUAAUCCAUGAGAUCGUAACAGCAGCGGAAUCGCACUGGAUGCAACACUUUUCAACACUUUUACAGAUAUCGAAUCUACGGCGUCAGAUUUAUGACAGUGAAAGAUACCCCUACAUGGUUUGGUGGCUUUGUGUGAUUGAUUUGGAGGCACUGUUCUCUGGGGCUGGGACGGGAGAAUUUGUGGGCGCGAUGUUGAGGAGUGACUUGGUGCCGCCGCCGAGUUAUCAUCUGUAUCCACUAGGAGCGGACGGGUCAAGCGUGGUAUACGGCAACGAGCUCGAGACUUUGCCAGUGAUUCUGCAAUUGGACUGCGAAGUCACAACACUUGCGAUGCGGCUUGCUCUGCUGGCUCGUGAGCUGAGACUGCCCAACACUAUGGGUGAUGUACGCAUCCGGCAGGCACAGGUAUACGAACUGCAAGAGAGCUUGAGGGAACUGUGGGCGGCACCUUCCAUCGGCUACGUCGCACAACACACCGAACGAUUACCUCCACGAUCGCGACAACUCUUCGAACACGCUCAAAUGCUCUACCGGGCAUGCAUCAUCUUCUCGCAUACAUCGAUGUGGCGACAUCAGCGUCUCGAAACCUCGCCAGACUACGACACCGAAGUCGCCGUGGCCGCGACCCAGAUUCUCAAUAAUUCAACCCGCAUGCUUGAUCGGGGUCGGAUGGACGCGCGCUUUCUCGCAUUCCCAAUUUUUAUCGCAGGCAUGGCUAGCGCGGAAGGAUCGCAGAAGAUGCUGGCUGCGGAUCUGCUUGAACGGAUGGAGAAACCGAGCAUCGGCCGAAACACGGCAGUCACACGCAGGGCCAUGGAGAGGAUUUACGAGGCGCAGAAUGAGCGAUUCAUGUCUACAGGCCAGAGUUUGGACAUCGACUGGUUGGAUGUGCUUCAGAGGGAGCAGAUCAUGAUUGUCAAUUUUGGAUUGUGA